AUGGCAACGAAUAGCCAGCACGGUGGCUGGGCAAAAACCGCUGACGAAGAAGAUCGUGUUGAAAAACUCAUUAAGUGUGUUUCAAAAUAAUUUAUUUGAACAUUUUGUCCAAACAUUUAGAGAAUCCGGCUGUUGGGAUAACCAUUUGAAGGUUGUGGAGUGUAUGGGAGAAAAACAAGACUGGAGGAAGUGCCAGCAAGAAGUUUCCGAAAUAGUUUGACUUGAAAACAAAGUGUUUUACAGCUUCAAGAGUUUAAAGCUUGUAUUGAGAAAGGCCGCAAAGUUCCUCAUUCCGCGGCCCAACAGCCUGAAAAGGCAAAAUAAGGUUAUUAUUUUCUGUUUCUCAAGUUGAUUUUUUUAAAAUUUAGAUGGAGUUCCUCAAUCUUUUUGAAGAUGGCGACAUUGACCAAGCCGCCGACGCAUCCCAACCUUUUAUUUCCAAAUUUGAACCCUCAAUUCAUCAUAACUAUUGGUUUUUUUCAAAAGAUUAUUCAUAUUUUUCAAGGUAACCAAACUUCUGAAAAAAAAAUUAUUUAAAAGAUUUUUUUCAGUGUAGAGGAGCUUUACCAAGCUUUCGCUUUUUUUGACCGAGGAUCUUUUGAGAAGGCUUUCGAGGUUGGCUCGAAUCAUGAUUUUCACAUCCAAAUCAUACUUUUUUUUUUAGAUAUUUUCUAUCCUUUUUGCCUCAACCAAACAAAAUCGUUUUUCAUCAAAUAAUGAUGAUCGAUUCUAUUCUCAAAUGUUUAUCAAAUGUGAGUUUUUGAAAUUGUAUUAGUAGAACGUUUUAUCAUAGAUUCGUCGGGAAAAUUGUUUGAACAUGGAAAUUUUGCUCCGCAUAUAGCCUAUUCCGCGCCAGCUUGUCACCUUUUUCUUUCCGCCAAAAAGACCGUAUACCAAAUUAGAUCAAAUUUCUGCUUUUAUAACGGCAAGAAACAAAGGUCUUGAAGCGAAGCUGUUCUAAUUUGAUCUGGCCUAUUGGCAGAAAGAAAAACGUUACAAGCUGGCCCGGAAUGGCCUAUACAAGAAAAAAAAAAAAGAAAUUUGAUGAUUUAGAUGUUUUUAUGAUUUUUCCAUGGAUUCAGCUUCCUUUUUAUGGUAUUUUUCGCUUGAUUACAUCUGAGCGGUUUUUUUAAUUUUCAAAAAUGCAUUUGUUGAAGAUAAUUAAAAAAAACUUAGUUCUAAUUUUCUCACUCUUUUUCGAAGUUUUUUUUUUCAAUUUCUUGAAAUUAUUUUGGAAAGCUUUUUUAGCGGUUCUACAAAAAAUAUAGAUCAUGAAGAAAGAAAACUUUCCGGCUUUUGUCAAUUUCAAAUAUAUCUAUUUCAGUUUCCAUCGGACAAGUUCUCCGAAAGAACCUGCCUAGAGUACCUCAAAUUAUACGAAUCCUCCAUUGUCGACUACGGAGAUCAAAUCCAAUUUUUGCGCUCCAAAGCUGAAGUCCUUUCCAAGUUCUCAUCUCAUGAAGACGAGUACAUCUUUACAGUAUGCAUUGUCUCAUAAACUUGAAAUCAACUUCCGAAUUUCAGAUCUGUCUGCUGUGCAGUUUGGCAGAUUUGCCCGAGCACUGGCUUUUGUUUGUCCAGAAGCCCGGGAUGACGAAAACGAAGAACUUGAAGUUAGGAUCUCUCGUGAGAGCCUUGCUUUCCUAUGCAUAUAAUUACCAACAUUCUCUUGGAUUCGUCAAGACUGGUCUUCAAAAGAGAAUUUCCCAAUUGGAAAAACUCCUGCGAAAUCAAUACACUAAGGAUGAGGUGAAUAACAAACCAAUUAAAGUCGAGAAACCGCCAAAGAGUUUAGCCCCAAAAGCGCUGAAAUUUUUGAAAUUUUCUUUUUUGAGUUUUGCGGAAUAACUUAGAAGACGUCUCUUUUUUUUUUGAUUUACCACUGCGAAAAAAACUGAUCUUGUAUGUUUAAAGAAUUGUUCGUGACUCGGUAACUAAAGCCGGACGUUUCUGGCCAAUUCUAAGUACCACUUAAGAGUUCUGACGCUAUUAAAGUGGUCACUAGAAAUUUUUCGACACGUCCGAUCAUACGUCGGCUGGAUCUCACCCCGGGGUGCGGCCUACUCCCUCAAAUUGUAGCCUACCCCCUCAAAUUGCGGCCCACUUCAGUACACAAAAGGCUGGGAUGAGAUCCAGCUGAAGUAUGCGUCCGAUUCGCCUUACCAAGGUCCGAGUGGAUUUUUUUACAUUGCGGAGUUUGUCCUUGGAGCAGAAAUGUGUUUUUUUUAAACCAACUACAAAUGAUUUGAAAAAUUUGUUACCGAAAUGGUUCCAAUUUAAUUGCAGAUAGAGAUGGCUCGUCAGAAGAUGACUACCAAAUAUGAGCAUGUUGCCGAAAACAACGCCGCAGUCCACGAUUCUCGCCGUAAGAACGACUUCUUGAAUUUGGAUGAGCAAAAGGUCGCUGUAGAAGUCUUUAGGAGAAAGUACUCAUGGAUGUUCGAUGACUUUUAG